AUGUUCGAGAUGAAGAAAACCAUUGACGCCUUAGUUGUUUUAGCAGGUAAGGUUUCAGAAUAUAACGCAAAAAUGAAUCCGCAAUGUUCAAAAUGUAAAGCAGCAAUGAGGAAAUAUAACUACUCCGUCAAAGAGAUAGAACGUAUGCGAAACGACUAUGCAGAUUUAAAGAAAGAAGCAGAAAAACCAGCAGAAGAUAAAAUGAACAUGUUAGAAUUUCUGAACAAAAACUAUCCAACUGCUGACGAUUUCCUAUUAUCUGACGUCAAGAAGAAAUAUAAAGAAACCUUCGGCAUUGUUAAAACAUUCGAUGUACUAAAAGAAGAAAUUGAAGCUACGAAACUGUUUAGAGUCAUGAACCAUCGCAACAUAUACCAUGUAAAACGCUUGUAA